AUGUCUGACGAAACAACUUCAACAACUCCACCUAAAAAAAGUCGUUCUACAAGUGAUGCAGAACGUCGUCGCGCAAGAAGAGCUCAGAAAAUUUUGAGUUCUGCGGACAGUAGAUUACAUCGAAUCACUGCUACAUAUUCUUUAAGUGCUAACGCUUCCCCUGUAACCAGUAAAAAAUCUUCACCUCAACAAAGUCAAAAGUCUUCUCCAACAACUUCCGAAGCUCCAGAUAGUCCAUUUUCAACUAGGAGAAAUACAGGAAAUCUUGAACCUUUACCCGAAUCUUUACUUCCAAUCACGGAAUCGCUACCCCCUUCAACUGAUAUAUCAGGGUCGUCUCCUUUUUCAUCAUCAUCAACUUUACUUGGUGAAGAUAACAACACAAUUCAACCUGAUGAAGAUUAUUUUCGAAGAGUUUUAGAAAACUUUCGUACAAAAAAUAGUAGUAAUACAUCAAUAGCAUCAACUAGUACUAGUGAAUAUCAAUAUUAUUCAUCACCUGGUGGACUUUCUCCAUUUCUUACACCUGAAGAUUUAGCACCUUUAUUCUGGUAUUUUAUAACUAUUGAACUUAUACUUCAAUCUUCACGUUUGUUUUUACAAAAAGAAAAAUCGUUUCAAGGAUCCGUCCUAGGGAAUUUAGCUGCCAGGUUACCAUCACCAUUUUCGGAUGUACUCGUAGUUUUUUUAAGAUAUAAUUUAAUUUGGAAAUGUCUUUUGGAAGAUGCUUGUGUUUUGGUUUUUAUUAUUGGAUCUACUAUAAUGAUUUCUCCAAUAAUAUCAUAUCUUUUUCAUUAG